AUGUGCAACCCAUUAAACAUUUUAUCUUGUGCUUCAGCAAUUGCACCAUUCUUGGUCAUGGUUGAAAUCGAGGUGAAACAAGUGAAGAAGAAUGUGCAACUAGGAGCACAGCCAACGGAUUACGUAGCCUCAUGUCUUCAGGGGGAAAUCUCGGGUACCUUUGGGAGCAUUAAGGCCAUGGAUUUUGGAGUAGAAAUGCUGAAAUGGGGAGGGAAGAGAGAGAAUUCCCUACGAAAGGAGCGGAGGAGAGUGGUGGUGGUGGAGGAUAAGCAGGAAAGCAAGAUUCGAACCUUGGAGAAUAAGGUGAAAGAUCUUAAAACUAAGAAAUCUGAGGUGCUAAAAUUGGUUUCUGAAGCAGAAAAUAAUGUGGAAGCUAUUAUACCUGUCGUUAAAGAUUGGCUGCAAAAUGUUGAUGUCCUAAAGAAAGAGGCAGAUGAAGUUUUGGAAGGUGCUACAAAUUCUGAAAUGCAGUGCCUAUUCCUUCGAUGUCCAAAUUUAAAGACUCGUUACUCGCUUGGCAGGAAAGCCACAAAGAAGACUGCGGAGGUUGCUAAGCUCCAAGUGGAAGGUACAUUUCAAAAGGUGGGCGAACCUAAACCACCAGUGCAAACACCUUAUCAAAACCCCGGUGACUUUGGAGCUUUCGAUACAAGGAUAUCAAUUAAAAAGGAAAUCAUGGAUGCUCUAAAGGACAAAGAUAGCAUAAUUGGGAUCUGUGGCAUGGGUGGGGUAGAUGUAUCUCAUGAUUCAGAUGUAACCAAAAUUCAGGAUCAACUUGCUGGAAAGCUCGGUUUGAAAAUUCAAGAUAUUGCUGAUAAAUAUGAGAGAGCUGAACGACUUCGUGAAAGAAUUGGAGGUGAUAAUAGUAAGAGCAUUCUCAUAAUAUUGGAUGAUGUUUGGGGAGAUACUGAGUUGAAAAAAAUAGGAAUUCCUUCAACAGGGUAUGAUAAAGAGUUGAAAAUUCUAUUAACAUCACGCGUUGAAGAUGUGUGCAGAAACAUGGGAGCUCAAAGGAUAUUCCGUGUCGGUCUUUUAAAUGAAAAAGAAUCGUGGGAACUUUUCAAGGAAAAGGCAGAAAUUUCUGAUGAUGCAACAGGUUUUAUAAAGGAUACAGCAGAACAAAUUGCAAUGGGAUGUGAUGGCUUACCUCUCGCGCUUGUGAUAGUCGGCAAAGCCCUCAGUAAAAAAGCAGAACAUGCAUGGAAGAAUGCACUUGAAGAACUACGGAAUUCUACAGUGUCCAAUAUCAAUGGAGUGCAGAAGUUGUACUCAAGGAUAGAGUUAAGCUACAACUAUCUAGAGAGUGAUGAAGCCAAGUCCUUGCUUCUACUAUGCUCUCUGUAUGCAGAAGAUAAAACUAUUGUAAUUGAAGAUUUGGUUAGAUAUGCACGGGGGCUAGAGUUGUUUAGAGGCACGACGACAUUGAUUACAACCAGAGAUAGGGUAAACACAAUUGUCAAUCACCUGAAAAGUUGCUAUUUACUGCUCUCAGCUGAGGAUGAGGAGAACGUAAGAUUGCAUGAUGUUGUAAGAAAUGUUUGCUUACAAAUUGCAUCUAGAGACAAGCAUGUAUAUAUGUCGGAACACACUGGUUUGAAGGAGUGGCCAGAACAUGAUAACAAUGAAUCAUACGGUGCAAUUUGUCUGUCAUCGAAUGAGCUGAAUCAUCUUCCCAGUGGGUUAGAAUAUCCGAACCUGAAGUUUCUAGGAGUGACGUGCAGACAACAGUCACUGGACAUAGCCGUAGAUUUUUUUGCCAACAUGAAAGAUCUCAGAGUUCUUGAUUUCACACUGAUGACGAUUCAAAUUCCAUCAUCAAUUCAAUUGCUGACCAAUCUUCGAACUUUGUGCUUGAACCAUUGUAUAAUAAAAAUUCAAAUUUCGACUUUUGGGAAUCUAAAAAAGUUAGAAGUUCUAAAUUUGUUUGACUCUGAUCUUGAUCACUUCCCCGAUGAUAUAGCAGAACUUAGCAACCUAAGGUCAUUGGAUUUGAGGUUCACGCCCAGCUCUAGAUAUUGUUCACUUCCACCUGGUAUCUUAUCAAAAUUGAAGAAACUGGAAGAACUGUACAUGGGUGUCAUUCGACUGAGAGAUGAUGAACUUGAACAACGAGGGUACAUUAUUGAAGAGAUAAGUUCAUUGACUCGUCUUGACACUUUUCAAAUCUCCACAAAUGAUUCUCAGUUUUUGCUGCAAAUAUUUAAUAUUUUGUCCAUUGAGAAGCUGGAUAGAUUUUAUGUCCAAUUAGCUGACUAUGAGCAUGCUCGUGACGAGAUCAUGGAUUAUUAUUAUUUCAGAAGGAGAUUGCAUAUAUGUGGGAUUACUUACGCGAGUAUGCUUUCUCAGCCUGCAAUUGACUCGUUAAUGAGGAGAAGUGACGUUCUUCAUAUAGAAAUGGAAAGGAUUAUGAAGAGGGAGAAUGUGUUAGAUAUAGAUGGCUUCAGUGGAAAUCAUCCAACAGGGGCCUUCGAUAGAUUACAAGAGAUAUAUCUACGUGACAUUCGAGAUAUUAAACAUUUGUGGAGGGGUGUCAUUAAACCUCCAUCACUCCACAAUCUUUUAACUCUCAAUGUUGAAAGUUGCCGUUCAUUGAAAAGCCUAUUUUCUGAGUCAGGUGCAUUAUGCAUGGUGAAUCUCCAAAGCUUAAGGAUUUGUGGCUGUGGGAUGUUAGAGGAGAUUGUUUCAAUGGACACGGAACAAAAUGAAAUUGUCCAGGUGCUUGAGUUCCCAAAACUAAAGGAAAUCAAUCUUUCCGAAUUAAGAAAUUUGAAGAGCUUUAGAUAUAGAUCUGAAUCAAACAAUCUGUCUCAACAAAUAUUCGAACAGGUUACAUUGCCUAACUUGGAGAUGUUGAGCAUGAACAAAUUGGGUUGUACCAUAAAAAUAUUGGACGAGUUAAGGCAAAUCAGAUCUCGUAAGCUAAGAGGAUUAAACUUGGCAUUUUUGGAAGAUGCGUCUAUUCUGUUUGACUUUGAGUACUUGUUCACACCUUCAAUGGCCAAUUCACUUGUGGCUCUAAAAGGUCUGUGGGUUUUUGGUUGUGAAGCAAUUGAAGAGAUUAUUGGCAAAGAAGAAGAAAGCAACACUUCGAAGAUUGAAAUUAUGGAAGAACAAACGACAAGCAGAAUUGUGUUUCCUAAAUUGAAAAUCAUAACACUUCGUCGUCUUGAUAGAUUUAAAAUGCUUUCCUCUCAGAACUGUGAACUCCUGUUCCCUUCGCUGGAUUAUUUGAACAUUCAACAUUGCCCUGUGAUCAUAAAAUUGUGUUCAAGAGAGCUACUGAGUGCACCGAAGCUUGAUAAAGCUCAUUACAGACAUGAGAGAGCGACAAAUUCGUUGAUACUUCCAAUAGUGUUGAGGAUCCAGGUACAAACCCGAAAGGCAAAGGUGCACGGAAUUGGUGUAGGCGGAGCAACUUAUUGGCUUUUUUAUCUGGAAUUUAGAACCAAGAUGUUUGUUGUGUCAGUUGUCUGGAGUAAUUUGUAUCCUAAAGCUUUUCUUUGUUUUGGAAAGCUUCAGUGGGCGGAAUGCUACCUUGUUAUGCGGUUUUUAGAGCAAGUAGCCAUAGAUGUUUCAAAGGAUUCAAGGUAUGCCUCCAAAAUGCACAUGUGA